CAAACAGCGUCUUUUCCCUAGAAACAACGAAUUUCUUUUGAAUGAAAGAAGUACCAUGCAGGAGGUAGCAGACAUGUUAAGAUAUAGAUGUAGACGUUGGUCGCCAUGUCGGCAUGUUUAUCUCACCCUUGCACUUCUGAUUAAUCUACUUUUUGCAGAAACUUCCAGUCUUCAAUUUACAACAGAGCCAGGGAACCACGUAGCAGUCAGAGGGCAACAAACAUGGUGGCAUUGCUCGGCGCACAGCGAUCAAGCCGUCACAUACACAUGGCUCCGUGGGAAUCAGCCAGUCAACGGCCAGCCGAACUUUGAGGUACUCUCAAACGGCACGCUUCAUAUAGUAAAUGUCGGCCAGUUGGAAGUUGGUUCGUACUUGUGCCGCGCCCAGACGGGCGGGGUUAUCAUCACUAGCAGGGAGGUUGUACUUUCUCUAGCGACCCUCCAAAGCAUUUUCCUCACAAGUCCUCAGAGUCAGAGCGAGAACAUCGGAAGUUCCGUUUCCCUUUCCUGCAGCAUCGUCAGCAAUCCCCAGGCCUCGAUAUCCUGGCUCUUCAAUGGCGGUGAUGUCACUGAUGAUGCAACGUCAGUUUCCAUAACAACAGUAGACUCGGCCACAAGGAGCACAUUAAGUAUUAGCACACUGGAGCACAAACAUGGCGGACAGUACCGCUGCCUAGCGACCAAUCGUCUCUUGCCAAGUUCUGUUGUAUACAGCGGUAUUGCCUCGCUGAUGCUGAUUGGUCGACCAGGAUUUACCAGCACUCCAUCCCCAGAGAUGGUGGCCGUUGGUGGGACAGUCAGCUUUCACUGUGAGACCACCGGCAGUCCACCAGCCACAAUCCAGUGGCUCAACCCAAAUGACAUUGCUAUUCAGAGCAAUAGCCGUUUUACAUCGACCCAAACAACUCUCCGCAUCACCAACGUCCAAUCAGCAGACGCUGGGUUUUACACUUGCCUGGCCACCAACGAGUGGGGCGAGAACAGAGGGUCUGCGUUGCUGACGGUAACCCAAUCCACACAGCAGGUCGUCUUUACAAGGGUACCAGUUGAUCAGUCAGUUACCGUUGGAGGCAGAGUGACUCUUGCGUGUAGUGCCACUGGUACUCCGGAUCCCGUCAUCACAUGGAGCAAGAUUGGAGGCAGCAUCCCCCUGGAUAGAAUGGAAUCACCUGCUCCUGGUUGGCUAAGAAUAACUAGCGUCAUAGCAACAGACUCUGGGGUGUACAUCUGUACAGCCAGCAACGGGCUGCAAAGUGCCACAUCACAAGCACAACUCAUUGUACUCGUUCCACCAAGUUUCACAGCAUCCCCGGCUGAUACCAUUGCAAGGGUAGGGGCGUCUACUUUCUUCCAAUGCAAAUCGGAUGGGAACCCCACCCCUACCAUCACAUGGACCACGCCGACUACGAGUACGCUGUUAGCUCCGAGCGGGCUCCACUCCGGGGUGGAAGUGUCGGCCGAUGGAACGCUGACAGUCAGCCCAGUGGAUAGGAGACAUGCCGGGUCUUAUGUCUGCACGGCGACGAACUCAGUGUCAGUUAUAAGCCAGAGUGCAACGCUUGAAGUGCAGAGCUCACCGAUCAUCACGACUUUCCCCGUCGACCAGAGAAUCAUCGAAGGCUCAUCAACUCAAAUCUCCUGCAGAGCAGACGCCAAUCCGUCCCCGGCCGUGACGUGGCUGUUCAACGGGGUUGCCAUUACCAACGACCCCAAACACAGCGUCUACGGCAACGGUGACCUUACACUGAUGAAUAUUGAGAAGAAUCAAGAAGGGUCGUACAAGUGUCAGGCUCAGAACUUUCUCGGGGUUGAGGAAACGUCGGCAUUUGUUGUCGUCCUGGUUCCUCCAGAUUUUGAUGUGUACCCAACCGACCAGACCAUAGAGCUUGGUGACUCGGUGCGACUAGACUGUGUGGGGACGGGAGACCCUCUGCCUGUCCUGCAAUGGCUGAAGGAGGACCAACCUCUGGUGCUAGAAUCCAACGUUGCAGUACUGAGUAACUUCAGCCUGAUGGUGAAUGACAUCACAAAAGCCAAUCUAGGGAGUUACACAUGUGUGGCUACCAGUGAAGCGGGUACCAAGCAGAUCUCGGCUCACGUCUGGACGCCUGAUAUACCGUUCUUCAGCGUCCCGCCGACCAACACAACGGCAAACGAGUCCAUGUCGGCAACCAUUCCAUGCCAAGCCUCGGCCCGCAGAGAACCAACUCUCCGCUGGUACCUCGCUGAUGACACUGGUACCCAGGGGGAUGAAGUAGGAUUAGGGACAAAUCCAGUAGGGUCAAGAGGGGCGAGGAGUUUCGUUGCGGCAGAUGGUGGAUUGGUCUUCCCAGCUGUUUUGCGAUCAGACGAGGGACUGUAUGUGUGUGUUGCGGACAAUGGUAUCGGAAGUGUGGACAAGGUGGCGAAGCUACUGGUUAACAUUCCUCCCGAUGUGAUCUCAGUCACAAGUCCAAUCACCGUUCUCGACACAGCCACCCACGUCCUCCUCCAAUGCGAGACGACUGGCCGUCCAACGCCAAGUCUAGCCUGGUUCUUACCAAACGGUAUGCUAGUACCCGACGAUCCAUCCAAGUAUAACUCACAGCCUGACAACGGCUACCUUGUCGUUUACCAACCGUCCAUUGAGGAACACGAUGGAGACUUCACUUGCGUCGCUGAGAACUUUCUCGGGAAUGAUAGUGCGGUGGUGACCGUCAUAGUUCAAGGUGCUCCUAUCCUAAGUCACCAUCUCGCUACAAGAAGCGACAACGCAGUCACCUUACAGUGUUUCACCAAGGGCUCCCCAACACCCACCACCAGAUGGAUGCGAGAUGGUCAGAACGUCAAUAGCGCCCUUGCUGGUCACUUUAUCAGGAGCGAUGACGCAUUGGUCAUUCAGGAUCUUGGGUUAGCCGAGCAAGGGGUGUAUGUGUGCCUUGUUGAGAACUCGUACGGAUCUGUGUCGGCUACAUUUAGAGUCCCAGAUAUUCCUGGUACCCCGCAGGUCAACGCAAUCACCUCGACAUCAGUGGAUCUAUCCUGGUCCCCACCCACACCAAACAGCAAUCUGACGGGCAUCAGUUACCAGCUACAGUAUCUAAGGUUCACAGACUCUGAGUAUCGAGACUAUCUCGGGAACCUCGGAGAACCGUCCGUUUCAGUGACUGGUCUGGUACCCUAUACUGAUUACACCUUCAGGGUGCGAGGUGUGAAUGAGAUGGGAGCUGGUUCAUUUAGUCCAGUGACACCAUUGUUAUUGACGGCAGAAGGAGCUCCCGGGGAGCCUCGUGACCUUUUAGUGACCCCUACUGGAGAUGUGUUGAUUGUGAGAUGGACGGAGCCUGAAGCCAUUAAUGGAAAUCCAGAUAACAUCGUCUACCAAAUUGCAUACACGCUCCGAGAUGACCUGUCCGGUGGUCAAGAGAUAGUCCUGACCCAUGACCACAACGAUCUUCCAUUCUCUGUGAUCAUUCCUACGGUCGGACGUAACGCUGAGUACUUGAUCCGCCUCCGUGCUGGCAACACCGCCCUCGGCGAAUGGAGUGACUACGUCAGCAUGAGUGUGAUGACUCUGAUUAAUGCACCUGUGAAGAGUGUGACUGGUCUGAAAGCCAUAGCUUUCGGAUCAUCUCAAGUCAAAGUCAUGUGGGACCCGGUGAACGACACAUCGUUGGAACAUUACAACAUCGCUUUCCGUCAGCUCGACAGCAACAUGUCUUAUCAAACAGUUCAAGUUACUGGCAUCACCACCAGUAACUUCACCAUCAUGGGACUACGAGAGAAUACCAACUAUCGGGUCAAGAUGUCCUACAAUAAUCCGGGGGGUGAAGGACCCUACACCCAAGAAGUCUUGGUGACAACUGAACUUGAGCCGUUGAGCCCCGGUGGAUUUUCAAACACUGGACUUUCCGGUGGCGUCUUGGCGGCCAUCAUCUGUGCUUCAAUAGCGAUCGUUCUCCUAAUUCUCAUCUUAGCUGUUAUCCUCUGGCAACGUAAACAUGACCCGACCAGCUGGAUCGGAAGGAAACGCCUCAAUCCGGAUGCAUUGUGGAUCCAUAAAAGCUUUUCCUAUGGAGAUGAUCAUUCUCUUGAUUCAUAUCCGGACGAUAGCAGUGGCACUUCCGGUCAAAAGGGAACCUACGAUGUUGCGAUCGUCAACGAGAACUACCAAGCUGACGACACUGUGAUGUCCACGGACUCGGCGUAUGACCUCGGCAGCAGUCAAAGGUCAAAAGGUCAAACAGAUGAAGAAGAGCACAAGAAGAAGAAGAAGAAGAAAAAGCACAGAGGAUGGUCAGACAUGAUAUACAGGAGCCCCAAGAACCCGGAGGUGGUAUUAGUCAAGAAGGCUAUCAUUGGCGACUUCAGUCCUCCGCCAGUUCUCCUUGCCGACCAGACCAUCAACGAAGAUCAAUCCAUCGACACCACAGACGCACCUCCCAAAGAGAAACUCUUUAAGGCUCAGGGCGACGUCGACGAAGAAGACCCCAUCGGCCUCGCUCUCCAAUCUCCAAACAUCUCAGCCAUCUCAGAUGACUUCCCGCCACUCCCGCCGGCCGAGUUUCCCGUCGGCGCCGAGUUCUUGACGGCAGAGUUUCCCGUCUUCCCGAAUGCCAACGACAGCAUGCACCUCGCCAGUGAGCUGAACAUCGACAGCAAACAGAUGAAGAAGAUGACUCGGAAGACAGAUAGAGAACAGAGGAAGAAAGAGAAGAAAGAUAAGAAGGAGAGGGACCAAGAGGUGGGAUCGAGACGGAGGAAGCUCUCGGAUCGGAUCAGCGCUAAGAUUAACCCGCGCAAACGUGGCUCCAUGAACUUCAACACCCCAGGCGCUGUUGUCGCGGUUGAGAAUGACUACGGGGUCAUGACGGAGCGACAGAAGGAAAACGCUGCGAUGUUUUGAUCAGCAACUCUGUUCGGUAAGAACUCUGAUGCUUUAGGGCCAGCUUUUUCAUGAAACUGCCUUUUUCAUAAAAACUAGCAAAUAAUUAUAGUCUUAAAGACGAUGUGACCAGGGGCCGAUUUCACAAAGCAAUAAUUUCAAGAUUUCACCAGCAAAAAAAAUACUCAGUACUGUUUAACUGCUUGCUCUUGGUGCAAAUGUGAUCAAAAAGAACAUUUACAAGCACAAAAUAAUUCAACUUGAUUUAUACCUAAAACAAGGUUGGCAACCAAAAAAAGAACUUCCAAGUAGUUGAUUAUUUAAGAUUUUAUUUUAUACGACAACGAGGCUGCUCAACAAAAAGACUGGUAAACAUUCUUUAUUUUAAAACAUAAUAAGUGUGAAACUUUUGUUGUAUUCAUUUUGGUAUUUUAUUUUAUUAUGUAAACAUACCACCUUUUUAGCCUGUAUGUUAUUUGUUUACUCUAAAAAAUCUGACACAUUCAUUGUUCUUGUUUGCAACCUAUAUACCAGAAAUUUAGUAAUAAGCUUUAUUUGUGGAUUUGCAUAACAUUGGUAAGAGUUAAAGACCUGCUUGAACGACAAUGUCAAGUCGUGAA